AUGUGGAUAUUUGCUGAGAUUCCAAAUGAGUUAUAUAAUCCAGAGUAUUACAAAGCCGUGGAAGAAUUCAUGAUGCAUGGUUGCUGUGGUUCAGCUAGGAAGAAUUCACCUUGCAUGUUAAAUGGACGGUGUUCUAAAUUCUUUCCAAAUAAAUAUGUGCAUAAUUCAAUGUUGGACAUCGAUGAUUAUCCAAUUUAUUGUAGGCGUGAUAAUGGUCGUACGAUAAAGAAGAAUGACAUCGAUCUAGACAGUAGAUUAUUUGUUCCACAAACCAGACCCUUGAGUUUCCAUCUUCCUAAUGAGCAAUCCAUUAUAUUUGAUGAUGGUGAUAAUGUUGACGAUGUUGUUAAUCGUCCCAUUGUGUCCCAAAGUAUGUUCAUCGCAUGGUUUGAAGCAAAUAUGAAGUACGAGGAUGCCAAGUGUUUAACUUAUUCAGAAAUGCCAAGAAAAUUUGUUUGGAAGAAAGACAAAAGAGAAUGGCAUCCUAGGCAAAGAAAUUUUACAAUUGGCAGGAUUUUCUAUGUUCCGCCAAAUUGUGGUGAACUAUUUUAUCUGAGGUGUUUACUAAACUUGGUUAGGGGCCUGAAAAGUUUUGAAGAUAUCAAAUUGGUUGAUGGAGUACACUAUACCUCAUUUAGAGAUGCAUGUUAUGCAAGAGGAUUGAUUGAGGAUGAUAAAGAAUAUGUGGACGCAAUUUAUGAGGCAUCACUAUGGUCAACUAUAUAUUCUUUAAGGGAACUAUUUGUAACUUUGUUGACGUCAAAUGCAAUGUCAAAGUCAGAAAUGGUAUGGGACGCUGUUUGGAUACAUCUGGUAGAGGAUGUUGAAUAUCAUGCAAGGAAAUGUAUAGGAAUUCCAGAUUUAGUUCUGAUAGAUACACAAAAGAAAAACUAUACUUUGCUAGAAAUUGAAAAAUUAUUGCAUGGUUGCAACAAGUCAUUAGGAGAUUAUCCAUCAAAGUCUAUACCAGAUGGAAUUACUAAUUCUUUUUUUUUUGGAAAUCGGUUGGUGUAUGAAGAACUAGCAUAUGAUCAGCAAGCCUUAAAAGGAGAACAUGACGUUUUGGUUGGAAAACUAACUAAGGAGCAGUUAGUUAUCUACAAUAAAGUUAUGUUAGAUGUGGAUAACAAUAAACGUGGCUUAUUUUUGUCUAUGGAUAUGGUAGUACCGGGAAAACCUUUUUAUGGAAAGUAA